AUGCUGGACUCCUCGGUGGCAGAUCGGUUGACUCGGCUGACCCUGAAACUCCUGGAGAAGAAACUGAAGCAAGAGCGCGAGGAUGUGGAAGCGGAUUCUGAGGACCCCCAUCUCACGCCCGGAAAUGAGGAUGGGCCAGAGGCCGCCCUGCGGAGCGCUCUGAGGAUGAGGAAGGACCUUCUGCAGAGACUCUGGGAACAGCACCUCCUGGAAGAGGUCUCCCGGGCCCGUGCCUGGAGGGGGCUGGACGGAGGAGCCCGUGGGUCAGUGCGGCCCCCAGAGGUGCCCCCCGUGGGUGUCCACCCCGCUGUCUCCCCGGCCCCACCCACCCUGGACCCACCACAGAUCACCCAACACCCAGCACCCCCACCUCCCACCGCCAUCAUCCAGCAGCUGCCUCAGCAGCCACUCGUCGCACAGAUCCCCCCUCCCCAGGCCUUCCCCACUCAGCAGUCAGGAAGCAUCAAGGAAGACAUGGUGGCGAUGAUGCUGAUGCAGAGCGCGCAGAUGCACCAGAUCCUCACACAGAACCUGAUGCUUAGAGCCCUGCCCCCAUCAGCACUGGCGCCCGCGCCCCUGCGCCUCCCCGCACAGGACCCGCAGUGGGCUCGCCCCGCCGCCCUGCGAGCCAAGAGGCAGAAGCCGCCCUCUGUGUACCACCAUUACCACUACGCGCCCCCAGCCCCGCUGCAGGCCAGCCCCACGCCUGGCUCCCCAGCGGGUUACUCCACGUGGCCCCCGGUGGUCUCCACCACUGCCCUCCCUCCUGCUGCCAGCUUCCUGCCCACCGUGUGGCACGUGGCCGGUCCCUUAGUGGCCGCCCUUAGCACCUACAGCAGGAGCCUGGGGAGGCCUUGCCAGCUCCCGAGGGAGGGGGUGGGGGUGCGAGGGGAGCUGCCCGAGGCGUGGGUCAUUUGUCCAGCCCAGCAGGGGAGGGCCCAGUAUAAGCCCGGCUGUGAGGGCCCCCACCGAGCCCUGGCGCUGCCCAGCGAGGAGAGGGCCGGGGCCUGGGAGCCUGAGUGCAGCUCGUCUCGACAGACGGCCGGUGUCUUGUUAAAUGUGCAGUUAAACGUCUGA